AAGCGUCGCGUUUGGCUGUGUUCCAUUCUUCUCCCCCUGUCAGAAAGGCGAAGCUGAAGAAGAUGACGAUGGCGGAGACUGUGUAGAAUAAAGAGAAGAGGAAGCGACAAAUCCAUUGAUAGAUAGAUAGAGAGAGAGAUAGAGAGAGGGAAAGCGAUUGGAACUUUCACUAUUUGCUUGUUUUGAAGGGUGAAUAAAUACCAGCCUCUCCGCUUUGCCCUCUCUGUCCACUUUCCUUCAUUCACUCCUCCGGCAGGAAGAGCCGCAAAUCCGCCCAUCAAUCGACGGAAACAGUCCGAAAUUGGGUUUCCCCGUUUUUCCUGGUUGGAUCGGAUCUGAACGGGAUCCGAAUCGCCGUUCCCAGUUCCAAAUCUGUCGCCUUCUCUCCCCCGACGGCCAUGGAACUGUAUUAUUAGUCUCCAAUCUCUAUUCUUGAUCAGUUUCUUUCAAAUUGAACAAUGGAAGCACUCGUUGAUGGGAUCAGCUCAUUGCCCAAUGGUCAUAAUUCUGUAGCAGACUGCAAUGCUUCUUCUUUUGCAGCCCCAUCCAGCCGUCCCCCACAUCAUCCCUCGAUGAAGCAGCAUAGACUUGAUGGAUCAUCCUCAUCACAUCCUAUUCCGGUUAACUCGGAAUCAAAGAUUCUUCAGACCCCAACAGCGUCCAUUGUCAACCCCAAGAAUUCUUUUAAAGCGCCCGAUGAUAAUCCUGAAACCUCGAAUUUGGGGUCAGAUAAAGGGAAACUUGAAGUUUUUCGUCCAGAGGGUUCUUCGGGCAAGGACAACAAGUCAAACGAGCCUAUGGAGGUUCCUAAAUCUGGAUACUGUCCUAGUCCCCAACAGAGUUUCUACUCUGCUACACAAUACGCAGAAGCCAAACAAAGCUUCACCAAUACAGAACUUAGUGAAUGUGUUAGCAGUAUAGAAAAGUCGGGUGAUAGUGGCGAGAUUAGCAACUCUUGUGAUUAUAUUGAAAGUAGGAAGACAAGCAUAUAUAGAGCAAGCACGGGUAGUGACGUUAGUGAUGAGAGCAGCUCAAGUAGCUUUAGCAGUGCAAUGUAUAAACCUCACAAGGCAAAUGAUACAAGAUGGGAAGCAAUCCAAGCCGUGAGAUCUCGCGAUGGAACGCUAGGAUAUAACCACUUCAGGGUUUUCAAGAGGUUGGGGUGUGGCGACAUAGGGAGUGUUUAUCUAGCCGAGCUAGUUGGCACAAGAAGUUACUUUGCUAUGAAAGUGAUGGAUAAGGCUACUCUAGAGGGACGUAAGAAGCUUGUGAGAGCUCAGACAGAAAGAGAGAUACUGCAAUGUUUGGAUCAUCCCUUUCUUCCCACUUUGUAUUCACACUUUGAGACUGAUAAGUCCUCUUGCUUGGUGAUGGAGUUCUGUCCUGGUGGAGAUUUGCAUGCUCUUCGUCAAAGACAGCCUGGGAAGUUUUUUUCAGAGAAUGCUGCCAGGUUUUAUGUGGCAGAAGUUCUGCUUGCAUUAGAGUACCUGCACAUGCUGGGCAUCAUAUACAGAGACCUGAAACCAGAGAAUGUAUUGGUGAGGGAAGAUGGACACAUAAUGCUGUCUGAUUUUGACCUCUCCUUAAGGUGCGCGGUGAGCCCAACUCUGGUCAAAUCCUCAAACUCAAACAUGGAGUCAAAGAAAUCGGGAUACUGUAUCGAGCCUUCGUGCGUGAUCCAGCCCUCGUGCAUCCAACCGGCCUGCUUCUCGCCGCGAUUCCUUAGCAGGCCCAAGAAAGACAAGAAGAAGCCCAAAGCAAAGGCUUCUGAGAUACACAACCAAGUAAGCCCGCUCCCUGAGCUGAUGGCGGAGCCCACAAAUGCGCGGUCCAUGUCUUUCGUUGGGACCCACGAGUACUUGGCCCCCGAGAUCAUAAAAGGAGAAGGGCACGGGAGUGCUGUUGAUUGGUGGACGUUUGGGAUCUUUCUUUACGAGCUCUUGUUUGGGAAGACUCCAUUUAAAGGGCAGGGGAACCGGGCAACGCUGUUCAAUGUGGUCGGGCAGCCCUUGAAAUUCCCAGAAACUCCAACGGUGAGCUUCGCUGCCCGGGACUUGAUCAGGGGGCUCCUAGUGAAGGAGCCACAGCACCGGCUGGCGUACAGGCGCGGGGCCACUGAGAUAAAGCAGCACCCGUUUUUCCAGAGUGUGAAUUGGGCGCUGAUCAGGUGUGCCAGCCCCCCUGACGUCCCUAAACCAUUUAUACCCCAAGAGGCAGCAGCUGCGGUGCAGAGAUCGCCCGCGCAAGGUGGUGGUGGUGAAGUCGCGUCUUCCGAUAAUUAUUUUGAGAUUGAUUUCUUCUAGUUCAUCAUCAUAUGCGUUGUUUGUGUUAGUUGGUUUGUUUCCUUGUUUUUUCUCUUUGGUUCUUUCAUUGCCUCUUCUGUUUGAUUGGUCUCUGCUCAUAAGGUCAAUCAAUCAUCACUGUGGAGUUUGAAGAAUUAUACAUAUAAAUGUGGUUGUCUGCCUGCCUGCCUUUAAGAUGUCUCCUUCUGUGUACCACUCACUCACUUUGUUGUUCUGUGUCAGGACUCAUGAUGAGGAACCAAAUGUAAUUAAAGUUCAUUAUAUUAG